UGCGCAUGCGCAAAGCAGGGGGCGUGUUUGUUUAGCAUGACGAAAUGUUUUGUUUUCUGCUCCGGUGAAAUGGGUCUGAGGAGCUAACGCUGGCAGCUACGACGGCAAACAUUGUUUAAGUGACCUUGCACCAGCCCACAAGAAGACAAAGCCAUGGGGAAUACAAGCAGCGAGAGGGCUGCCAUGGGCCAGGGGGAGAAGGCUCAGCGGAGGGACAGCCGGGGUACCAAGGAGGGAGAGAGGCCAAAAAUUCUGAUGGACAGCCCCGAGGAUGCAGAUAUUUUUCACGGUGAAGACAUGAAAGCUCCUUUAGAGAAAGAGGAGUUCCUUGCAUGGCAGCAAGAUUUGGAAGCAGAUGACAAAGGGCCGACUUUAGACCGACCAACGGUCUUUCGCUGGACUGGAGAUGGAAAAGAAGUCUACCUCUCUGGUUCCUUCAACAACUGGGCCAACAAGAUACCCCUUAUUAGAAGUCAGAACACCUUUGUGGCCAUUGUUGAUCUACCUGAAGGGGAGCAUCAGUAUAAGUUUUAUGUGGAUGGCCAGUGGACCCACGACCCAGCUGAGCCAGUUAUAACCAGUCAACUUGGGACAGUCAACAAUGUCAUCCAGGUGAAGAAAACUGACUUUGAGGUGUUCGACGCUCUAAUGGUAGACUCGCAGAAAUGCUCUGACAUGUCAGACCUCUCUAGCUCUCCUCCCGGGCCGUAUCACCAGGAUGCCUAUGUACCUAAACAAGAAGAAAAGAUUAAGUCUCCACCCAUACUCCCACCUCACCUGCUACAGGUCAUCCUCAACAAAGACACUGGAAUUUCUUGUGACCCUGCAUUACUCCCAGAACCCAACCAUGUCAUGCUCAACCACCUCUAUGCUCUCUCCAUUAAGGAUGGCGUGAUGGUGCUCAGUGCGACACAUCGCUAUAAGAAGAAGUAUGUCACCACCUUACUAUAUAAGCCCAUCUGAUUGAAGACUGACUUUUUAAUCCUGUCCGAGUGUGUCAACUGUACACUGAGUAUACAACAUAUUAGCUCCAUCUGUUCUUUCCAUAACAGAGAGAGAGAGAGCGAGCAGGUGAAUCCAGGCUAUAUUGCUCAGACAUUUAAAAAAAAACAUGGCCCGGAAUGUCAAUGUGCGACCACUUGUAUCCUUUACCCAAAUUUGAGAAAGGCCAGCGGUCGCCUGAAUGAUCCCAGAUUAACCUAAAGCUAAUCAGAGGUUAACAGCUCUGAGAUUAUAUCUUGUACACUCACUGUAUAUCCAGCUAUUGUACACAUCUGUUUAGGAUCAUAAACGCCACUCAGUCGCUCCAAUCCUACAUAAUCUGCCUUUAUUUGUUCACGGAUUGCCCUCUGUAGUUUGCAGCAGCACUAUCUUUGCUUAGUAGACAUAGAGUGGCGGUAAUUACGAGGUAGGACAAUAUGUCUGUGAUCACAACAGAUGUAAAUGUAAUGAGGAUGAUUGGUAAUGCUGGGAAGAUCUGACUGAAAGUCCUCAGAUAUAUGAGGUUGCUGUGGUGUUUCCCAGGAGGGAAAGACGACAGAUGUACAAUCAAGAAUGUGAAUGUUAAGGUCAAAGAAAGAAAAAAUGCACUGCAGUAGUUCUCCACUGUUUUUUUUUUGCCUGUUUAUUUAAUGAUAAUCACACAGCGCACAGCAGAUAUUUUCUAAGUAUUCAGUGAUGUAUUUUUUUUUCUACUUUGGUUGAUGAUGUGGUUUGUUUUGUUCUCCCUCUGUAGUUAGUUCCAGUGUUGUGGUCCAGACCAUUCCAGUCAAGAUGUAGACAAGUUAAGACCAAAACCAUAACCAGUUUUAAUUUUUUUAGAAAUGAAUUUAAGAAUGACUUUAUUAGUUUUGCACUAUGAUGAUAAACAUUUAUUUUUGAAGUAGGUAAUGCAUACAGUGUAUGUACACUUACAGCACAACAGUAUAUCGGAAGAAUAAUGCUUAUCAUCCUUUUGAGCGUCUGAGCAGGUUUAGCAGUCUUCACACUGAUUUACCACUACACAAGUAACAUGAUUUCCCUUCUUUCAUACAGUGUAAACACAUUCCAAAAAUAAGAGUCCCACCAGGUAAAUUGUUAAUUGUUUAGUAGCAUUGUUAAGGCACGUGUCCACAGGAUCAGUCUUUUCCAAACUGUCCAUUCACAUUCUAUGUGAGCAGCCGUGCAAUGCAUUCUGGUAGCGCUGCAGCGCUUUUUGAGGGACAGGAUGCCAUGUUUUCUGCCCCUCAUUUGCAUAAGGUAUAGGUCUCUGCUACUUCAUGCACAUCAGGGCCGUCCUGCAACGCAACUUGCCACAUCUGGAAACUCAUAAAAAACUUUGAAACUAUUUGUAAUGUUGUCUAUGUAAAAUGAAGACAGAUUCAGGAACUGCAUGGCAUAUUUCUCACUUAAAAUGUCUUCAGGAACACAUUUCGGUGAACUAUUUCCGUAAAAUAAGAGAACGUUUCCAAACGAGCUGCCAUGUUGGUCCAUUUGGAAAUCCCGGAGCAGAAAGCGUUUGUCCAAUCAGAUGCAGCCAGCAGCGCCCAAUGCUGGGAAGCGGAGCGACCCCUCGCGUCCAAAAUCUCCCCUGUGGACACGUGCCACCAGUUUCUGUUAAGUGACGUUUGAGAUGAAUUCAUGGUUGAGGAGAAAACAUGUAUACAUGAAGAUAUUUGACAAUUAAACAUACAGUAGGUAAAAGACAGUCAUAUGACAAACACUGUCUGAAAGAACCACCGAUUGUUCUGAACACUGAUGAAGGGACGAGCAUAGGCUCAUGUGACUGAGUACUGUUACUGAACAUUUCUUUUUCAUAGUUGGCCUGUACUGUUAAUCGUCUGUCUGCAUUUCAUUAAGUUUGAAUAGAACGGAUUUUGAGUUAAAGGUAUGACUUUACAUCAAUUUAUCAUCAAAUAUCGUGGUAUGAUUGCCACUAACAAAUGAGACCAUGAUGUUCAUUAUUUUAGUUCUAUGUUAGGCCAGUAGAGGCUGACAAUCUCCUCAGUGAAGGUCUCCUUUGUUUGUGUUACUUCUGUUAGUGUCCGAACUACCAUGGUAAUGAUGGAUUGAUGUGAAAAUGUUAGAACCUUAAAUAAAUUGCAGUAUCAAUAAAAUGUUGUUGACCCUUUGAACCAUGUGUGAAUCCAUUUUCCAUUUUGAAAGAAAUUUGUAUUAAAGAUUAAUUUACAAAUUCA